CUCAUCAAGAUAAUACCAGACGAGGUCCGCCAGAGCCCAGUAUCAGCUGUGCUAGGCUGCCCUCCUACAGUGUCCAGACAUGAAGUUGUUUAUGGUGUUAGUAGUGGGGUUGGGGGCCGCCACUCUCGUCACGACAACACAACAACAGCAGCAACGUGGUGCUAAGGAUGGCGUCGGUCAACCAGUAAAAACAUCAAAACAACAGAUGGCUCUCACCAAGAAGUUGGCAGUUCUUCGACAGCAAUCGAAGGGGCAAGUAAGCCAAAAUGGUAAACAUGUAGAUGCAUCAGGAAACGCAGGGCUACUAGCCGCACGCAAGCCACCCUUAGCUGAGGCAAAGCGUACUCCUCCGGGGACACAGCUACAACCAGAAACUCACGAAAAUCGAAAGCUGGAGCCAACAGCUGUUGAAUCAGACCACGAAACGACAUCAGCUGACUUUCAACAAAACUCUCCACCAGCGCCCAAUAAACCUCAACAAAACCCUCCGCCAGUACCCAAUAAACUUCAACAAUAUAUUCCACCAGCGCCCAGUAAACCUCAACAAAACCCUCUAUCACUACCACCACCACCUAAUAAGCCACAACAAACCCUUCCACCACCACCCAAUAAACCUCAACAAACCCCUCCACCACCCAAUAAACCCCAACAAACCCCUCCACCACUCAAUAAACCACAACAAACCCCUCCACCACCACCCAAUAAACCUGAACAAUCUCUUCCACCACCACCCAAUAAACCUCAAACCCCUCCACCACCCAAUAAACCUCAACAAACCCCUCCACCACCCAAUAAACCACAACAAACCCCGCCUCCACCACCCAAUAAACCACAACAAACCCCGCCACCACCACCCAAUAAACCACAACAAACCCCGCCACCACCACCCAAUAAACCACAACAAACCCCGCCACCACCACCCAAUAAACCUCAACAAACCCCGCCACCACCACCCAAUAAACCACAACAAACCCCGCCACCACCCAAUAAACCACAACAAAACCCUCCACCACCCAAUAAACCUCAACAAAACCCUCCACCACCCAAUAAACCACAACAAGACCCUCCACCACCCAAUAAACCACAACAAAACCCACCACCACCCAAUAAACCUCAACAAACCCCGCCACCACCACCCAAUAAACCUCAACAAAACCCUCCACCACCCAAUAAACCACAACAAAACCCUCCACCACCCAAUAAACCACAACAAAACCCACCACCACCCAAUAAACCUCAACAAACCCCGCCACCACCACCCAAUAAACCACAACAAAACCCUCCACCACCCAAUAAACCUCAACAAAACCCUCCACCACCCAAUAAACCUCAACAAAACCCUCCACCACCCAAUAAACCACAACAAAACCCACCACCACCCAAUAAACCUCAACAAACCCCGCCACCACCACCCAAUAAACCACAACAAAACCCUCCACCACCCAAUAAACCUCAACAAAACCCUCCACCACCCAAUAAACCACAACAAAACCCUCCACCACCCAAUAAACCUCAACAAAACCCUCCACCACCCAAUAAACCACAACAAAACCCUCCACCACUCAAUAAACCUCAACAAACCCCUCCACCACCCAAUAAACCACAACAAAACCCUCCACCACCCAAUAAACCACAACAAAACCCUCCACCACCCAAUAAACCUCAACAAAACCCUCCACCACCCAAUAAACCACAACAAACCCCUCCACCACCCAAUAAACCUCAACAAAACCCUCCACCACCACCCAAUAAACCUCAGCCAGAAGCUGUCCAAGAAACAAAUCCUAAAUCUAAACCACGUCCCCAAACAUCUCUAAAGCCCAAAGGAAAAACAGCUUCAGAAUCUCCUCAGAGAUCAAAACAAAAUCUUGCUGAAAACGUAAUGCAAAAGCCUGCUAACAAAGCAAAACAAAAACCAAUAGAAAAAAACAACCAUAAGCUUGCUGGAAGAACGGAGCAAAAUCCAGCUACAAAAACAAUCCCCAAACCUGCUAAUAAAUCAGGUGUGGAGAAGGCAGAACAUGCUAAGCAACGGCCUGCACCAAAUAUCAAAGUCCCUCCCGUGGCUCUUGUGCCCAGGUCGAGCAGCGCACCCCAGAUCUCCCCAGGUGCUGGAGCCAAGGUGGAGGACGAGUCCCAGAUCUCCCCAGGUGCUGGGGCCAAGGUGGAGGACGAGUCCCAGAUCUCCCCAGGUGCUGGGGCCAUGGUGGAGGACGAAUCCCAGAUCUCCCCAGGAGCCAAGGUGAAGGAGGGCCCGAGCCGCCAGCGUGACAUUCUCCACCCUACACCCACGACCUAUUACCAGGAACAAGCUAAGAUGGCGGAACCCACAUCCAGGUGGGACGUGUCCACGCACACCAAGGUCGGCCUGGUGUCCCUCGCUAUCAUCACCCUCGCCAUUACAGCUACCAUCAUUGGUGUCUGGUACAGGAAGAUCAGCUUGCAUCACCAGCGGUAUGGGGGUCAUAUUCUCCUGGCUAACGAUGACGAAGAGUUCGGCAUCUUUAACCGCUACACCUACAACUCUCCAGACCUCGACACUUACGACUCCUGGAAGGACCACUCCUACUAACCCCUGGAUGUUUACACGACUCCUGGAAGGACCACUCCUACUAUCCCCUGGAUGUUUAUACGACUCCUGGAAGGACCACUCCUACUAUCCCCUGGAUGUUUACACGACUCCUGGAAGGACCACUCCUACUAGCCCCUGGAUGUUUACACGACUCCUGGAAGGACCACUCCUACUAACCCCUGGAUGUUUACACAACAACUCAAGGAGGAUCGUUCCUAUACUAAUUCCUGGAUGACUAAUCCAACUCAUCCAUGGAAUGGUUACCACACUGGCCUUGUCCAGAGUUCGAUUCUCAUUAGUAAAGCAGAAAUAUUUUCAACUUCCGUUUAAGCUACUUUUCUGAAUAUAGCCAAAGAAAAGGGCUUAAAUCAUAAGAGCAGGAUAGGUCUCCAGUGAGCCAUUAACAUGUAGAUACCCUCUCUACAAUUAGUAAAAUGACUGUAAAACGUGUAUGUCACUAAUUCACCAAAACCUAGAAAACAAAUUGCAUGCUAACAAAAUUCACUUUGUCGUCAAAAGAGAAAUUUUACAGAAUAUAUUCAGCAUCAUUUAUCUGUCAUCUCUAAAUAUUUUACAGCAUCAUGUGAUGUAGUGGUUAUCGUGCUAUUACACUCGUCCUACAAUAUAUGCAAAAAAGACCCAACAGUAUUUGGAAACCUUGUUUUAAGUCGAUUAGCAGAUCACUUUUGGAAAAAUAAGUAGAGUAAAGUUUAAGAUGAACCAUGGAAGAGAGAGCUCUUGGCCUGCAAACACUUAGCUAGUCCCGUUCCGCGGGCUCAGUGUGCGCAGCGCAACGGGGGCUUAUAUAAAGGGGGGAGGAGAGGUUAUGCAUGCCCACGGGAGACCUCUCGUCACGCAGGGUGCAGUUGCACCUCCACAGAUCUCCAGUAUCAGCUAAUGAUACUGGUAAUGGCUCAAAAGAGUUACCACUUACGGGUUAUUCAUGCCCGUGCCACCUUUUGGGUGGCUUAAUCUUCAUCAAUCAAUCGGUCAUGCGCUCUCUCCUGCUCCUGAUACGCACCGCUUCGGAAGUUAAAAAAGACCCACCCUCCUCCCCUUCCUGGGUGCAGUCAGCUAAAACUAUGAAACAGUACUAUGUCUAGCGCCCUUUGCUGAUGGUCUAAAAGGCUGGUGCAGCGCCGGCCCCUAAGUGUUCCGCUGUCCGCAGCUACUUACCCUGACUUGUAGGAGUAAUGUUAACCUUGCCCUUUAUGUGUAUUCUGCAUUUACUGGUUAAUUUACGAAUUUACGUUAUGUAUUGGAAUGGGGCAUUAUUAUCUGUCACGUGUUAGGCCAAUAUAUGCUACUCUAAAUGCCCUGAUUCUCAAGGAAAAAUAUGUUAGACAUUUGCCUUACUUUACUCAUAGAUAAUAAGUACUCGGUGUUCUGCAGAUCUUGAUUUAGUUAGUUCCCGGCUAUAAGCAUAUGUAUUAAUGUUAUUAAGUUGCAGUUAUAGUACUCAAAGUUAUACAUGUCCAUGUUACACAGUUGUAAAAUAUACAAGUUAUAGCCGCUUCAUUAACAGGGUCUGCAGAAAAUAUUUACUUGUUCUACUAAUAAAUAAAUAGGCCCCCAU